CAAAUUUCGAAAACAAUCUGGGCUUGAAUAUCGACGGAGCACUUCCCUCGAACCUGCGACCGAACACACAGCACAGACAGUAUCGAGGCGGUAUCUCGAAAUUAUUGCCCAAGAUGUCUCUUGUGUCCGGCGAGAAGAGCAACUUCAACCACAUCUUGCGUCUGCUCAACACCAACGUUGACGGCAAGCAGAAGGUCGUUUACUCCUUGACCAAGAUCAAGGGUGUCGGUCGCCGCUACUCCAACCUCGUCUGCAAGAAGGCCGAUGUCGACCUGAGCAAGCGUGCCGGUGAGCUCACCUCUGAGGAGCUUGAGCGCAUCGUCACCAUCAUGCAGAACCCCACUGCCUACAAGAUCCCCGCUUGGUUCCUCAACAGGCAGCGCGAUAUCGUCGACGGCAAGGACUCCCAGAUCCUCGCCAACGGUGUUGACUCCAAGCUCCGUGACGAUCUUGAGCGCCUCAAGAAGAUCCGUGCCCACCGUGGUCUCCGUCACUACUGGGGCCUCCGUGUCCGCGGUCAGCACACCAAGACCACUGGCCGCCGCGGUCGUACCGUCGGUGUCUCCAAGAAGAAGGGCAACUAAAUAUGUGCGGGCUUAUUCGGCGCUGCUUUUUCUGGGUUAUUGGUGGUGUUAUUCCAAGACGGGUGGUUAUGGACAUCUGGGACUGAAUUUUUUCGCCUUGCGAGUAUCUGGAUUCUAGGUAGCCUAUGGCUCAUGGGGGAACUCGCAUGCUAAGGAAAGACACAUCAUUGACAGCAUGACAAUAAACGGCGCGGAUAUGGAAAAUGAU